UUGUUCCCAAGCCCUGCGGCUCGUUCAUGGGUUUGCUUGGGCUGCGGAACUGUUUGUGGAGCAGCAGGGUUGGAGUGCCCAUGGCUGGGGGGCCUCUUGGAGCCCUUGAUUCACAGAACCCCUGGAGGCUGGCAGCCCUGCCUGCCCUGAAGAGCCUCGUUCUCCCAGCCGUUUGGGCUGUGGUCCUGUCGUGGGAGGCGACGGUGAGGGCGGCCCGGGGUCCCGACGGGGGUGUUUGUCCCUUUGGAGACCUCCCCUGUGCUGUGGCCCCGGCCCCCAGAUGGAGCUCCCCAUCCCCACGGCAGCGCUGGGGCUGGGGCUGGGGCUGGUGAGGAGCCUGUGCACGGCCCCCGCCACUGUCCUCAGCCAGGAGGGUGCCUGGUCCCUGGGGAGCGGCCUGCACCUGUUUAUGGAGAAUGCUGUCCUGCCAGUUGUCUUUUGGGGUGGGCGGUCAGAGUCCACGUCCUCCCCCAGGGCGGGGCCCUGGCCUGGUUUCUUGUAGGGACGAUGGGAAGCCCUGUCCUCAGCCCUCCCACCCGACUCAUGCAGGAGCUUCCUGUCCUUGGGGUCAUCUCCUCCACAGGGGCCUUAGCGUCAGUGGGGACAAAGGCAGAGGUGCCUGUCUUCAGGUUGUGGGGACCGACUGAGCUUCCUCCCAGUAGUGGCUGGCUCUUGUUUCCUGUCUGGACCAGCAGCCUCUGGUCUGGUGGGUGCAAUUUUAGGGCGCAGUGGGGUUGCCGUGGGGCAAGGCCAGGCCGCCAGCUGCCUGGACACAGGGGCCCCCGCUUUCCAUCUGCUGCCCCCCACACCCCCAGCUCGGGCAGGGGUGACACCCGGGCAUCCUUGUUGGGGUCGCUGUGGUUCCCAUGGUGGCAAGAUGGCUCUGUGAAAGAUUGACGGAGAUGUAGGGCCCAGGAGCAGGUGCUGUAUGAGUGGGACACGCCUGUGUCACCUGCGGGGCAGGGGAGGGCUCGGGGGUACAGCCGUGUACAUGGUUAGUUAGCGAGACAGUGAGGAGUGUAUGCGGAGUGGACACAGCUGUGGGUGCCGCCCACGCAAGGCUGGGGGUCGCUGUGCCGGCCCUGCUCCCAUGUGGGCUCCCAGCUCCCCAGGUAGGGACGCUGACCCCGGGAGGUGCCUUUGCCUGCAGCCACUGGAGCCUCAGGAGCAUGCGUUCUGUCCCCACGGGUCACCCCCACUGAGCCCACCACCUACCGAGAGGCACCUCGAGACCCUGUCCUGCCACAGGUGGGCUGUCCAGGCCAGCACCAGAGACCCCCAGCAGACCUCAGUGGCUGCAGAUGGAGCGGGGCGGCGACGGUCACCUCCGGGACUCAGCCCUGUGCUGAGCCCCGGGCAGUGUGAUCAUCCUGGCCCUUCUCGUGCACGUCCCCUGGCUGGAUGCUCCUUGCUGCCCUCACGGGGUGUGUGUGUGGCAUACAGGACAGGGACCGGCCAGUUGGCCCUGCUCAUUAACCACUUGUCCCCACAGGGCAGUGGCGGCCUCACCUCUGCAAUUCUCUGAGGCUGGAUCUAGGCCACCGCCCCGUUUAAAACUAGGGCAUCGGUUCCCAGGGAGGGCGGGGAGCUGCACAGUUGGACUUGUGGGGGUCAGGCAUGGGUCCACACAGCCCGGGGCCCUCCGCACCCUGCCCCUCCAGGGAGCCCAGAGGCGGGCGUGGCUGCAGCCUGGCUCUGUGACAGUCAUGAGUCACGGCCACUCUUGAGGCGCCACCCUGAGAGUGAGCCCCUGUGGUCACGGCUCCUGCUGGUUCCCAUUCGCGAGCACCUGAAACAGCCUGGCCCACAGCAGAGGCCCCGGGGGGCACGUGCAGCUCACGGGAGCAGCACAGAUGCUUGGCCGGCAGCAGGCCCUACAGGAGCAGCAGCGGCCCAGGGCAUGACCCUGGGGUCAGGGGUCAGAGUUCGGCAUGCUCUGCGGGGGCCUCACCCUGCUGUCCCUGGGCCUGGCCUGGGCACACUCCUUGGUGACAGUGCCCCUGCACGCCCCCCGGGUUAUUCAGACAGGGAGCCAGGAUGGGAACCACGGACUGACCUGACCUGCGUCCUCGGGGCCACUGCACUGGGUGAUUCACGUGUGCCCAGGCCCUGAGGUGGGCCGGACCUGGGAGUGGCAGGCGAGCCUUCCUCCCAAGAGCCUCUGGCUGGCCGCAGCAGGCCCUGUCCCUGCUGUCCUCAGGCGAGUGGCCCUGGACGUGAUAACCCCCCUGCCGAGGUCUGGCCGGAGCCAGCACCCACGGCCGAGAUGCAGUCAGCCCUGGCUGGGCGCUGUCCCUGGGGGUGGCUGCUGGUGCUGCCCUCCCUCCUUCCCACCACUUCUUGCCCCUCUUUCCUGGGGCCCUCCCCCAUCAGAGUUUUCCUCCUAAAUGCAGUUCCCUCCCUCUAGGGGAACGCGGGCUGGGAGCCUAUUUUUUUUUUUUUUUUUUUGAGACGGAGUCUUGCUCUGUCGCCCCGGCUGGAGUGCAGUGGCGCGGUCUCGGCUCACUGCAACCUCCGCCUCCCGGGUUCACGCCAUUCUCCUGCCUCAGCCUCCCAAGUAGCUGGGAUUACAGGCACCCGCCACCACGCCCGGCUAAUUUUUUUUGUAUUUUUAGUAGAAACAGGGUUUCUCCAUCUUGCGCAGGCUAGUCUUGAACUCCUGACCUCGUGAUCCACCCACCUCGGCCUCCCAAAGUGCUGGGAUUACAGGCGUGAGCCACUGCACCUGGCCUGGGAGCCUUUUCCGUAGCUGCUCAUCCUGUACUAGCAUCUGUCCAUCAUGAGUGGACAGAACACAGGGGGACCCAGGACCCAAGCUGCACUCGGGAAGGCCAGCAGGGUGGAUUUCGGGAAGAGCAUCGGUGCCAGUUUCCCACAGUCAUCCCUGUGAUGGGACCCUCAGGUUGGCACGUGGCUGGCAGCUGUGUCCCGGGAGCUCUUGCUCCUUAGUGGGCCUCGCCAGCCAGGGCAGGGCCCCCGCCACCCCUCACGGGGCUCUUGACUCCUCUGGCAGCGGAUCGGGGCGGUUCAGCGAUACCAUCUCUGGAGAUCCCCUGGCGUGUGCUGGAAAAACGCCGGAGAGGGCUUAACAGAGCCAGCCGUCCAGCCUCCGUGACAGGGACGUUUGCUUUUCUGGGCAGGCUCCUAUCUUCUCUUCCGAGCACCCACGAGAGGGGACUGUGCUGUCCCUGCUCUCCUAGGACAGGCCUUCCUCCUGUCCAGAUGGGGCCCACAGGGUCAGUUGCCUGAGACUGGCUCCAGCUCAAGAAAGGUUUUCUGAGUGAGCGCAGGGGAGCAGGAGGCUGGUGAGCAGCUCGCUUCCUGCCCUGGGCGCAGCUGGGCACCACUUCUGCCUUGGGCCUGCUAAAGGCAUCAGUGAGGAGCAGGCGGGGCCUGGUAGGAGCCUGUGUUUCUAGCAGCACGCGUGACCCCAGGUGCCACGUGGGUGAGUGAGUGGCGAAGGAGCUGAGGUUGGCCCUGGCAGGUGUGCAGUCCUCACACAGAACGGGCAGGGCUCCUGUCAGAGCCAAACCAGCUCAGGGCCCGGUGCAAGCAGCUUCUGUCCCGUGGCACCUCCGCUAGUCGCCGCUCCCACCCAAGCCCUGCCCUGCCCCGCCCUGCCCCGCUCAGGGUUUGGCUACAGAAGGGGAGUGUUGGAAAUGCCCAACCUGUCUCCCGUGAGGGACUCCUGCGUGGCAUGGGCUGGGGAACGCAGGGGCCGUUUGGGUGGUUCCGGCGUCUGGCGUAGCCACGCGAGAGGCCCUGGGUUGAUGUGUGGGCUCCCUGCUAGCGAGCCUGCUCCGUGCGUGCUGGGCUCCCGGCCUUGCUUCCGUGUGGCAUUCGAGGCCCCGUGGACCUCGCCUGCGUCCUGCAUGUUUGAGCGCGGCCCCUCGUGGAGGCCGCCAGCACUGGUGGCUGCAGGGCCUGUAGUGUAGCACGUCCAGAGACCCGGCCUGGAGAACGGGUCCUGGAUGUCUCCAUCAUGUUUUACUUUCGCUUCACACGGACGCAGCGAUGUCUCAGAUACCUCGGAUCACACAGAGCACGUCGCCAAGGCUUGUUUUGUCUGUUCCUUUCCACCUGUCUUACGUGGCUACCAGGAGAUCCGCCACGACUGCCGUGGCCCCCGUCCACACUGCGCGGCGCUCUCCGGCGUGGCCGCCAGUUGCCCCUUCGAGGGCAGGUGUGAGUACAGGGUGGUCCCUGUGGAGAAGCAGCUGCAGGCGAGUGAGCCAGGCUGUACCCUGCAGACCCCGAGGCCUGAAUUUCGUGGAACUCUCACCUCUCACAGAGUAUUGUUUUUCUUCUGAUUUUUUUCCAACCAUUUAAAAAUUUAAAAGCCAUUGUUGACUUGCGGGCUGGACCAGGCUUAGGGCGGGGCUCUGGUCCGCACCCCACACUGGCCCCGUGUGUCCUGUGACCGUUCUGCCUGCGGGGCAGGCCUGAGCCACCACAGGAUGGCAGGGUCUCCAGGGUGCAGGGCCCGCAAUGCUUCAACCCUCCCACGACCCCAGCACCUUCAGAGAAAAUGGACCCUCGUGCCAAGUGAAGUGGUUCAGGCGAACGUUAUCACCACACGGGGGACUCGGCGGCUUCUGCCCCAGGCCUCAAAGGAGAGGGGAUCCAGAAUUCUCUGUCUCACCCCCUCAGCCCCUGCCCUUGAAGCUUCUGUCCCCAAGGCUGUGGGGAGGAACCAGGGAAGGGCUGGCGCGUCUGCUGUGCGAUCCCAGGUGCUCGUGCCUCGCUGAGCUCAGCCCCUGCGGCCUCAGAGCUGCAGGCCCCUCCCGGGUGUCAGAGCACUGACUGGAAAGGCCCCCCACAUCCCUGCCCUCUGCUGCUCCCCAUCGUCGUGGGGGAGAAGCUGGAACUGCACCCCCACCCCCCCGAGCCCGCUCACCUAGGGCUGCCCCCAGGCCUCCCUGAGCUUCAAAGGAUAUGUUCUUUGGUGCUUUUUUUUUUUUUUGGCUCUGUCUCCCAGGCUGGAGUGCAGCUGUGGUGCUCACGCCAUCCUCCCACGUCAGCCUCCUGAGUAGCUAGGUCUACAGGUGCACACCACCACACCCGGAUAGUGCUUAGUUUUCUAUAAAGACAGGGUCUCACUGUGUUGCCCAGGCUGGUCUCAAACUCUUGGGCUCAGGUGAUCCCCCACGCACGGCAGCUUUGACACUUACUUGACCCUUUCCUCCUAAGCUCUACCCUGACGCUGGCUGUGUGUCCCAGAGACUUAAUCAGAAGCUGGAAGAAGGGCUGUGACGUGUGUGACAGCAGGAACUGCUGGUCAACCCACAGCUGGCCAGCCUGCCGGGACGCCACCUUGGCCCCAAUCUUGGCAGGGAGAGGGGAGUGUAUCGGACUCUGGGGAGAGCAGCUGCCUGCAUGGGCAGGGUCCUCCUGUCUCAGGAUUAACGUUCUCAACUGUAUUUGAUUUCUCCUCAGCCAGAGGGGGUAAGGUGGCCUUCCCAGAAGCACAGGUGGGCCGCGUGUCAGAGGCCCUGGACAGCCUGUGCCUCUCCCGGGCCUCCCAGCAGGGGUGGCUCUCGCCUCUCUGGAGGGGAGACCCCAGGAACCGGCCCCCGCCCUCAGCCACAGCCUCACAGGGUCCUUGUUUCUCGGGGCCUGGCUCUGUGGGUGCACACGGCACGGUCGGGCUCCCGUCCUUCUGGAAGGCUCCAGAGUGGCAUGUGGGCAGCUGCGUGACGCGGCCCCAGAUCUCCAUCCAGCCUGGCCUGCAGCAGCUCCCUACGCCCUCUGCUACCUCCCCUGCCUACCUUUGGGUAGACGUUCUCUUGAGCCUUCCUUCUGUGAUAAAGCAAAAGCGUGUGAUCUCUUUUCUCACCAAGGAAUAAAACGUCUCUGAAUACCACAGACGUGAUGCCGGACUUUUGGGGGCCGGGGGGUGUCCUAGGGCCCCGAGGGAGGAGCCCUGUGGGUGCCGAAGUCGGGCCGCAGGCCCUGCACUGAGAUGUCCCCUCAGCCUACCCCAGGCAGCUGGGCAUGCUGGGAAGUUCUCCCGGGCUGUGUGUGUGAAUCAUGCUGUUUCUUCUCUAUUUUUUCUCUCUGUCUGUUUAUUUUUGUUGUGUGUCACUCUGACCAGCCGGCCGCCCUGUCUCUUCCCUCCAUGCUCCACUUCGACCGCUGCCGGCCAGAGGUGACCAGGUCCGGCUCUCAGCACGGCCGCCGGCCGGGGGGCCAUGGGGAGCUCCGCCUCCUCCCUGGCCGCAGAGACCGAGUCGGACCACAGCUUCCCCGGGGGACCCCCCUACCCGGGUCCCCCGGCAGCGGCUGGCUGGUGUAGGAGCGGCCCAGGGGGGCCCAUCUGGGGAGGUGCCCUGGUCAGCCGGCAGCACCAGCCCCCACGGCCCCGGGCCCGAAGCCACACCCACUCGCCCGGGUCUAUGGCCACGGUCGGAGAGUGGUCCUGUGUGCGCUGCACCUUCCUGAACCCGGCCGGCCAGCGCCAGUGCUCCAUCUGCGAGGCUCCCCGGCACAAGCCCGACCUCAACCACAUCCUGCGGCUCAGCGUGGAGGAGCAGAAAUGGCCCUGCGCCCGCUGCACCUUCCGCAACUUCCUGGGCAAGGAGGCCUGCGAGGUGUGCGGCUUCACCCCGGAGCCUGCGCCUGGGGCUGCCUUCCUGCCAGUCCUCAACGGGGUCCUCCCCAAGCCACCCGCCAUCCUGGGGGAGCCCAAGGGCAGCUGCCAGGAGGAAGCAGGUCCAGUGAGGACUGCGGGGCUGGUGGCCACGGAGCCCGCCAGGGGGCAGCACAAGGACAAGGACGAGGAGGAGGAGGAGGAGCAGGAGGAGGAGGAGGGGGCGGCGGAGCCCAGAGGGGGCUGGGCGUGUCCGCGUUGCACGCUGCACAACACGCCCGUGGCCAGCUCCUGCUCCGUCUGCGGGGGCCCACGCAGGCUCUCGCUGCCACGGAUCCCUCCUGAGGCCCUGGUGGUCCCGGAAGUGGUGGCCCCGGCCGGCUUCCACGUCGUGCCUGCCGCGCCUCCACCUGGCCUCCCUGGGGAAGGUGCCGAGGCCAACCCCCCAGCCACCAGCCAGGGCCCAGCUGCCGAACCAGAGCCGCCCAGGGUCCCGCCCUUCAGCCCCUUCUCGUCCACCCUGCAGAACAACCCCGUGCCGCGCAGCCGACGCGAGGUUCCCCCCCAGCUGCAGCCGCCGGUGCCUGAGGCUGCCCAGCCGUCACCCUCUGACGGCUGCAGGGGACCCCCCCAGGGCUCGGGCUGGGCUGGGGCCUCCCGCCUAGCAGAGUUGCUGUCUGGCAAGCGGCUGAGUGUGCUGGAGGAAGAGGCCACGGAGGGUGGCACCAGCCGUGUAGAGGCCGGCAGCUCCACCUCGGGCAGUGACAUCAUCGACCUGGCCGGAGACACCGUGCGUUACACGCCCGCCAGCCCCUCCAGCCCUGACUUCACCACCUGGUCGUGUGCCAAGUGCACGCUCAGAAACCCCACAGCGGCCCCCAGGUGCUCGGCCUGCGGCUGCUCCAAACUGCACGGCUUCCAGGAGCAUGGCGAGCCUCCCACCCACUGCCCCGACUGUGGGGCCGACAAGCCCAGCCCCUGCGGCAGAAGCUGCGGACGGGUGUCCUCGGCCCAGAAGGCCGCCCGCGUCCUGCCCGAGCGCCCGGGCCAGUGGGCCUGCCCUGCCUGUACCCUGCUCAACGCACCGCGGGCCAAGCACUGCGCCGCCUGCCACACGCCUCAGCUCCUGGUGGCCCAGCGGCGGGGGGCCGCGCCCCUGAGGCGCAGGGAGAGCAUGCACGUGGAGCAGCGGCGGCAGACGGACGAGGGCGAGGCCAAGGCGCUCUGGGAGAACAUCGUGGCGUUCUGCCGGGAGAACAACGUGAGCUUCGUGGAUGACAGUUUCCCUCCCGGGCCCGAGUCUGUCGGCUUCCCCGCGGGCGACAGCGUGCAGCAGCGCGUGAGGCAGUGGCUGCGGCCCCAGGAGAUCAACUGCUCCGUCUUCAGGGACCACAGGGCCACGUGGUCUGUGUUCCACACACUGCGGCCCUCGGACAUCCUGCAGGGGCUGCUGGGGAACUGCUGGUUCCUGAGCGCCCUGGCAGUGCUGGCGGAGCGGCCGGACCUGGUGGAGCGGGUGAUGGUCACGCGCAGCCUGUGUGCAGAGGGCGCCUACCAGGUGCGGCUGUGCAAGGACGGCACGUGGACCACAGUGCUGGUGGAUGACAUGCUGCCCUGCGAUGAGGCCGGCUGCCUCCUCUUCUCACAGGCGCAGCGGAAGCAGCUGUGGGUGGCCCUCAUCGAGAAGGCGCUGGCCAAGCUGCACGGCUCCUACUUUGCGCUCCAGGCGGGCCGCGCCAUCGAAGGCCUGGCCACGCUCACCGGCGCCCCCUGUGAGAGCCUGGCGCUGCAGCUCAGCUCCACUAACCCCCGCGAGGAGCCCGUUGACACUGACCUCAUCUGGGCCAAAAUGCUGAGUUCUAAGGAGGCUGGGUUCCUCAUGGGUGCCUCCUGUGGCGGGGGCAACAUGAAGGUGGACGAUUCGGCCUACGAGAGCCUGGGCCUGCGCCCCCGCCACGCCUACUCCAUCCUGGAUGUUCGAGAUGUCCAGGGUACCAGGCUUCUGCGGCUCCGAAACCCGUGGGGCCGUUUCUCCUGGAACGGCAGCUGGUCCGACGAGUGGCCACACUGGCCGGGGCACCUGCGUGGUGAGCUCAUGCCACACGGCAGCAGUGAGGGCGUCUUCUGGAUGGAGUACGGCGACUUUGUCAGGUACUUCGACUCCGUGGACAUCUGUAAGGUGCACUCGGACUGGCAGGAGGCGCGGGUGCAGGGCUGCUUUCCCAGCUCGGCCAGCGCGCCCGUGGGGGUAACAGCGCUCACGGUGCUGGAGCGGGCCUCGCUGGAGUUCGCGCUCUUCCAGGAGGGCAGCAGACGCUCGGACGCAGUGGACAGCCACCUGCUGGACCUGUGCAUCCUGGUGUUCCGGGCCACGUUCGGCAGCGGCGGCCACCUCAGCCUGGGCCGCCUCCUGGCCCACAGUAAGCGCGCGGUCAAGAAGUUUGUCAGCUGCGACGUCAUGCUGGAGCCUGGCGAGUACGCUGUGGUGUGCUGCGCCUUCAACCACUGGGGGCCGCCCCUGCCGGGCACCCCUGCCCCCCAGGCCUCCAGCCCCUCGGCAGGGGUCCCGAGAGCCUCCCCAGAGCCGCCGGGCCACGUGCUGGCUGUGUACAGCUCGAGGCUGGUCAUGGUGGAGCCCGUGGAAGCCCAGCCGACCACGCUGGCUGACGCCAUCAUCCUGCUCACCGAGAGCCGUGGAGAGCGGCACGAGGGCCGUGAGGGCAUGACCUGCUACUACCUGACACACGGUUGGGCGGGGCUCAUCGUGGUGGUGGAGAACCGGCACCCCAAGGCCUACCUGCACGUGCAGUGUGACUGCACCGACAGCUUCAACGUGGUGUCCACACGCGGCAGCCUGCGCACCCAGGAUAGCGUGCCACCCCUGCACAGGCAGGUCCUGGUGAUCUUGUCCCAGCUAGAGGGCAACGCCGGCUUCUCUAUCACCCACCGCCUGGCACAUCGCAAGGCAGCCCAGGCCUUCCUCAGUGACUGGACAGCCUCCAAGGGGACCCACAGCCCCCCGCUCACGCCAGAGGUCGCCGGUCUGCAUGGGCCCCGGCCGCUGUGACCACCAUGCCUGGGGCAGGGGCUGUGCACAGACGGACCUCCCACCCCCACACGCACUUUAUGAGGGAGACCCCGACAGAGGACGCUUGAGCCAGAAUCUCAGGACCCUGCCCAGGGAGCUGCCAGCCCAGGGCUCAGCUUCCCAUGGGCCCCCCGCCCCCCUCCCUCCCCUCCCUGAACCCCACAGUCCGCCUGGCCAGGCCUCCCGGCCGCCACGCAGAAUACCUCGAACCAGGCGGGCUGUGAACCAGCCCCGCUCACCUGCCAGCCCCAACGCCCGACGGGGGCCGAGGCCAGGCUGCCCCUCCCUGUGGGCUCAGGGUCUCCUGCGGGGGAGGCAGCCAGGAGCUCUGUCCACAAAACCAAAUCUGGGUGUCAGAGGCCAAGACCCUGGGGUGGGGUCAGGGACCACCCCUCACGGGGCAUAAGGUCAGUUUUCCCCCAGAGCCCGGGUCCCUGUCCCCCACAGGGCAGGCGGGGUCCCUGGAGCCCUGGUGUGGAGCGGCGAGUCCCAGGGCAGUGCCUGCCUCAGAAGAAGGGGCCCUUGGUCAGCCCCCCAGCGACACUAUGCAAAUCCUGGAGUGCCCGCCAGGAUCGAAGCCAUGACUGGGUGCAGGCGGGCGCCAGGCCCGCUGCGGGUGGGCACCAGUUCUCAGCACUGCUCACGGCUGCCGGGCACACUGGGACCAGCAGGCUCCUCAGCCAACCCUGUCCCUCGGCCCGGCCCUGCCAGAGAGGGACCCCAGCACAUCGUGGGCAUGGGCAGGGCUCAGCCGCUCCCACCUCCCCACAGAAGCCCAGGAGUGUGUGGACGUCUGAGCCCAGCUUUCUGCGUCCCCACCCGGCCCUCCUGGCCCCUCACCCCCGGCAGUGGGCCAGCCUCGCCCCCACUCCCCCUCCUACCCCGGCAGGGGCUUCCGGGGCCUUUUCACCUGGAGAAACAUUCCCACUCCCCUUUGGCCUCCCUGUACUCUGAGCUGUGAAUAUUUUUAACCCUGUAAAUACGGCCAGCUCUUGUGACACAGAGACUAUUUUAUCAACUGUCAGCCCCGUUCCUUUACGAUAGGAUUCUCCACAGUGGCUUCCGACUCAGGCUCCAAUGGACCAAAUAAAAGCGUUUUGUUUUGUAA